AUGGCCGGGACCGAAAAUCCUCUGGGAGGAGAAAAGGGAGAAGAAAAGGACGAGAAAGUGGGGGAUAAGGAGAAAGAGGGCCGCCGCAGCGGCGGGGAAGUAGCACGUGGGCAUGUGCAGGACCUGGGGCUGAUGUUCGGGACGCAACAGGGGAUGAUUGGAUCCAUCCUACCCAUUUCCGAGGAGGAUUACCGCUUCUUCGUGGCCCUGACCAAGUGUUUGAACAAGGUGGUGAAAGGCGUGGGUGGACUUUCGCAUGAAGAAUAUCGCCGAUUUUUAACGGACAAGGCCAUUUCAGAUACGCAAGGAUUCGUCGAUGGGGACUUGAUCGAGUCGUUCCUGGAGCUCCCGACGCAGCGGAUGGAGGAGGUGGUGGAGCUGAUGCGGGUUGAGGGAGUGGGCGGAGAGAGCAAGACUGAUGCUGCCCUUUGCGACCAGGCGGGAGGGGGGAAGGGAGAGGGGAAGAUGGAAGUGGUGGGGUUGCAAGAGCAUGCCGGAAAGGAGGAGGAAAAGAAAGAUGGGGUGCUCUCAUUGGAUGAGGUGUAUCGACGCGUGGAGGACAUGACGCGAUUGCAUUGAAAGGGGUGGUCUGAGACUAGGAGGGCUGGUCGAUCCCUUCAAAAAUCUCGGGGGGGAAAAAAAUAUAGAGGCGUUGAGGCGGGUUGAAUAAGUCAUGUAGAAUGCGGCGUUUUCCACGAUAUAUGCGAAGGAACCCAUGUCAAAAGAUUGCCAUA